AUGUUCCUGCAAGUACUCAUGCGUCCAGAAGACCAACAGUGCCAGAGGUUCCUCUGGUAUGAUGAAGAUGGGACCCUCUCCAUAUACGUUCUCCAGGUGAUGACAUUCGGGGCCUGCUGCUCCCCUAGCAGCGCCCAGUUCGUGAAAAACAUAAACGCCGAGCGCUUCAAGGGGGAUUAUCCAGCGGCGGUUGAAGUGAUCCAGAAACGGCACUACGUUGACGACAUGCUGGUGAGUGUGGCAACAGAGAAAGAAGCUGUUGAACUCGCCUUGCAAGUGAAGAAGGUACACGCAGCUGGCGGCUUCGAAAUCCGUAAUUGGAUCAGCAACUCCAAAUGCGUCGCUGAAGCCUUAGAGGAGAACAACACUGAAGAAAAAAACCUCGAUCUUUCACCGGAAUUAGCCACGGAAAAGGUGCUUGGUAUGUGGUGGUGCACCGACGUAGACACCUUUACCUACAAGGUUGGGUGGGACCGAUACGGCCGAGCGCUGCUGGAGGGACAACACCGGCCAACAAAACGACAAAUGCUGCGUGUACUUAUGUCCGUGUUCGAUCCGCUAGGAUGGCAAACCUGGCUCAAAGUCCUUCCUACAAUCGAAAAGAUCAGCACUCCUCGGUGCUACAUCAGCGAGUCAAGCAUCCACUACGGAGACAUACAGCUUCACACGUUCGUGGAUGCAAGUGAAAACGGUAUCGCGGCUACCUGCUACUUACGAUUCAAACAUCAAGAUGUUGUUGAGUGCAAAAUUAUCGCCGCCAAAACCCGAGUCGCGCCGUUGAAAUUCCUCUCUAUACCUCGCCUAGAGCUUCAGGCGGCCCUGAUCGGCUCUCGACUUGCCCGAACACUCUCCGAAGCCCUCACGAUUUACAUUACCCGUCGAUUCUUCUGGUCUGACUCCCAAGAUGUCCUGUGCUGGAUCAGAUCGGACCACCGCCGUUACUCACCAUUUGUAGCGUUUCGGGUUAGCGAAAUUCUCGAGCUGACGGAGAUGACUGAAUGGAGGUACGUCCCCACCGAUCUGAACGUUGCGGAUAAUGGAACAAAAUGGAAAGGACUUCCAAAUCUGAAGCCCCAAGCGAGAUGGUUCAACGGCCCACAAUUUCUGUAUCUCGCCGAAGACCAUUGGCCACGCACGUCGAAAGGCUCAGGAACCACCGACCUCGAACUCCGUCCUAGUGCAAUGGCACACUUCACCGCAUCCGAUCCCAUCGUACAAGUGAACGACUUCUCCAAUUGGGGUCGAUUAGUUCGAGUCAUUGCGUUUGUGCAACGUUUCUCCAAUAAUUGCAAAUUGAAGCGCUUGAAGAAGUCUAUAACAAGCUGCCCUUUUUUCAGCUCAGAAAUAAACUUGGCUGAAUCAUAUCUACUACGCCAGGCGCAAUCGGAAAGGUAUACCGAUGAAGUCGCUCUUCUCCAACGAUCGCAAGAUGAGCCGACGCUGCCGCUUAAAACACCGUUACCAAAAACAAGCCCGCUGCACCAAAAAUCACCUUGGCUGGACCAGAAUGGAGUUUUACGAAUGCGAGGCCGCAUCACCAACUGCGAUUACGCAACUGAAGACGCCAAAAAUCCAAUUAUCCUUCCACGUGACCACCCAACCACCAAAUUGAUUAUUGCACAUUUCCACCAAAAAUUACACCAUCAGAACCACGAGACCGUAAUCAACGAAAUUCGACAGAAAUACAGUAUUCCGUAG